UGUGUCAUUCAGAUCAUGAGACCUGGUUUACUUUCCCUGCAAGUCCACACCAUAAAGUACAAACAAAAAAAAUCCUCAUCCAGUUGUUAAACAGGCAUGAGUUCCUUCCAUCAUGAGCUGCUGCUUCUCUUAAAUCUGUUCAGCCUUGUCUCAGGGCUGCAGUUUGCCACAUCAUCCUUCACCCAGGUGCCUUUCCUCUCAGUGUGGAACGCCCCCACUGCCAGCUGUCUCUCCCAAUAUGGUGUGGACCUCGACUUGGGCACAUUCAGCAUCGUCCAGAACCAGAACCAGAGCUUCGUGGGUGGAAACAUAACCAUCUUUUACUCUGAAAAGCUCGGCCUGUAUCCCAGGUACACCAGCCAGGCAGAGGCGAUCAAUGGCGGGGUGCCGCAGAACGCCAGUCUGGAUGAACACCUCAGAGUGGCCUCUGGAAAUAUCCACACCUGGAUCCCUGACAGGGAUUUCCAAGGGUUGGCUGUGGUGGACUGGGAGAGCUGGAGACCUGUGUGGGAGAGAAACUGGGACAGUAAGGAGGUGUACUGGGAGGGAUCGAGAGCACUGGUGAGGUCCAAGCAUCCAGACUGGAGCCCAGCGCAGGUAGAUGCUGCAGCGAAGGUGGAGUUUGAGGCAGCUGGGAGGAAGUUCAUGGAGGGAACGUUAAAGCUGGGGCAGCAGGAGAGACCCAAUGGGCUGUGGGGGUUUUAUGGUUUCCCCAACUGCUACAACUACUACAACACCAAAAGCACUAACUACACAGGGGAGUGUCCACCUGUGGAGCUGAAGAGGAACAACGAGCUGCUGUGGCUGUGGAACGUCUCCUCCGCUCUUUAUCCUGACAUCUACCUCAGCCUGGAGUUGCGAGACCUCAGCAGAGAGGUGCUCCUCUACACCCACCACCGCGUCCUGGAGGCCAUGAGAGCAGCAGCUCAGCUGACUCCAUCAGCACCGCCUGUGUACCCCUACGCUCGCAUUGUCUACACCUACACAUUAGAUUUCCUCUCACAGGAGCACCUGGUCUACACCAUCGGAGAGAGUGCAGCUCUGGGAUCUGCAGGGGUGGUGCUCUGGGGCGACCAUGCCUUCUCCAAAUCUCAGGCCACUUGCGAGGCUGUCAAAUCCUUCAUCGACGAGACUCUGGGUCCAUACCUGGUGAACGUAACAGCGGCAGCCACUCUUUGCAGCCAGACCAUGUGUUCCUCUCGGGGAAGAUGCCAGAGGAGGGACCCGAACUCAAGGGCCUACCUCCACCUGGACCCCGCUGUGUGGGAGGUGGUGUCUGAGAGGAAACCAGAGGGAGGGCGGAACUACAAAGUUUUAGGACGGAUAAGAAGACACGAGGUAAAGUUGAUGAAGUCUGAGUUUCAGUGCCAGUGUUACCCAGGAUGGAGUGGUGAGAGCUGCUCCAAAUGGAUUCAUGGGUAAAAGACUUUUCUUAAGGGAGGUAAUUCAGUGACAGCUUUGGUCUAAUAAAUAGCAGUAAAGUCUCUAAAAUAAACCACUGCAAAGGUAGACUGCACCUUGUUUGGUCUCCUGUCAAUGGACGUUUCGUGUUUUCUCAAUUAAUUACUCUUUACUUUUAUUUUUCUAAUAAAUGUUAAUAAAUCCCCAUUUAACAAUGUAAGCAGAGUAUUUUUUACAUUCCAGUGAGUGUGUGAUAAUAAAUGAACAAUGUGUUGUUAAAUGACAAAAUGUGUCAAAUGUUUUUAGUCCAAGAAAUCAGCCUUAAACUAUCUGUGAAGAUACACUCUGAGAGUCACCCUCCACUCAAAAAUAUGUUUAGCUUAUUGUUACUUACUUAAAUAUUUGAGCUUCACUGUGCAGAGUUUGACACCAGAAGACUGUUUUCACAAGGAGUAAUGUUUGUCUUUGCUCAGCUUAAAUCUGAGUUUAACACGCCUACAUGUGAGAAUGAUUUUGAGACAACAACUGGAAACCUCCAGUACGCAAACACUGAGAAUGGGCUACACAGUGAAGUGGGAGACAUCUUGUGUCCAGCAGUUAAACUUCUGAAAUUCACAAUAUUUUCAUAUUCAUGGAUUUUUAAAUGAAACGGGAGUAGAUGGACAUUUAAGAUUUUUUUUAAAAGUAGAUAAUAAAAUGUGUAAAAAUCAUAUCAGACACAAAUUAUUAUUCAAAGUAUCGAGUUUUUCAAGUAAUAAAGAUCUCUUAAAACCUGCCAUAAGGGUGUCUUUAAUGUUAAUUAUAUUGGGAUUUAAGUUUAUAGUAAGCAGAGUUUUUUCAGUAGAAUUCAUACAUAACACAAUCAGUUAAUAAAAUAUAAUUUAUUUUCUGAGAUUAAAGUAUCCAGCUGUAGGUCAAGCUGAUAAAAGGGUCUCCACAUUGACUGAACUGCGUUAAAAGCUGCUUACAAAUUAUAUAUAUAGUAUUAUAUCGAAAUCAAAGGGGCCAUUCUGCAUAAUUAGUACUUUUACUUUGUACUCUUGCUUGAAUAAAAUUUUGAAUGCAGGGCAUUUGUAUUUCUACUUUUACUAAUGUAAAGGAUCUUUAUUUUUCUCCCACCACAGCAGAGGGGGGAUCGUUUAAUGGUAAUCGAACUAACAUUAUAUUGCAAGUAAAUUCAGCCUAUAAUUUAACUGCUGUGGUUUUCAUUUACAUUUUUUAUUGUAUGCUUUGCCUCGAUUAAAGCAAAUUGCACAUAAGUACAAAGCACACGGCACAAUCGUUUACACUUUGCUCAUGGCUUGCUGACCUGAGUCUCAGUGAAACUGUCAUUCUCUUCACAACUUUUGGACAUUGUUUUAUCAUUUGAGCCUGCACAUGCAAAAUGAUCCAUUCUGUUAUCAAAAUCCAACACACAUUAAUGUAUGUUUAAUAAGUAUCUAUUACAUUCAGUGUUUGUGAUGUCUGCUAAGUUACCUGCCUGGUCAAUCUUUAUUUUUUAUGGCAUGGGUGUCAUUUUGUGGUUUCUGUUGACUGUAUAGGACUUUACAUGAAAGGUCAAAGGUGAAUUUUCUGUUUACAGCACAUGUAACACAUUUACCCACAAAUGGACUUAUUUUCUGUAUAAAUACAAAUGUGCAUAUCUU